AUGUGGGCCGUCGACAGUCGUGCAACGAACCACGUUUGCCACAAAAAGACCAAGUUUGCAAGUUUGGUAGAGCGCAACGAGGGCGAACUAUUGGUGGCUGAUGGCAACAAGGUGGCCAUCAAGGAUGUUGGAACCAUCAUAGAAAAUGUGGUUCUGACCAACGGCGAAGAGCGCGAGAUCGAGAUCAAGAACGCGUUACAUGUUCCCAGUCUGAGCAAGAACCUGCUUUCGGUGCCACAGACUAACAGGCAUGACAUCUCCAAGUCGUGUUUGACGGGUCCAAGAUUCGACGUACUGCGCAAGAUGAUCACGACCAACAUGAUCAAGGAUGUGCGAGUCCCUCUCAAGUUGGGUGGAGCAAGUGCAUGCCGCGGGUGUCAACAAGGUGAAAAAGUCCAAAAACCAUUCCCAAGCAACCGCGACAAGCGCAGCUAUGAUAAGUGUGAGCUGCUUCAUCUGGACAUCUGUGGGCCCAUGGAAAACGAUUCGCUCGGUGGUAGCAGAUAUCUGCUACUGAUCAGUGAAGACUACGUCCGGAAGUACAUCACUGUGGUUCAGACGCAGUUCAGUAAGAAGGUCAAGUUUGUGCGACACGACGGAGCUUGCGAGCUCGCAACCAACUCGCUUCAAAUGUUCUACAAAGAUGAAGGCAUUGAACAGCAAACAACGGUGACAUAUGCGCAUCAAACCAACGGAACAGCAGAGCGUGCCAUUUGGACUAUCCUUACGAUCGGCCGCAGCAUGCUUCAUCAUGCCAAACUAGACAAUUGUUUCUGGGCUGAAGCAGCGAUGACGGCCAUCUACGUCAAAAAUCGACUGCCGUCACCUAAAGUCGUACUAAAGAAUACGUUUGAGAUCGUCUACAACUCUACGCCAAGCGUCAAGCACAUGCAAGCAUUCGGGCGCCAGACGUACAUACUGACGCCAAAGGAGAAUCGGCUUAAGUGGGAUCCAAAGGCUCGCACUGGCAUAUUCGUGGGCUACGAAGAAGUGUCGAAGGCGUAUCGAGUUUAUGACAUUGAGGCGGGACAGGUGGUUAUCUGUCGCGAUGUCAACUUCGACGAGUCCACCUUUGGACUUCCGCCGCCGAUCACUGAUGAAGAUGCCGAUGACCUGGACUUCGAAUUGCUUGACCUCAAUGAUGAAGAGCCGCGUCAGGUGGAGUACAAGCAAACAGGCAAGCGCAAAAACCGCCUCAGUGAUGAAGAUACAGCAGCUCCACGGCCACGUGCAGUGCGUCAACGACCUGGACUAGAAGAGUCAACCGCGCUAGAAAACAACUCGUCACACCAAGAAGAAGACGAAGAAAGGAAGGAUUCUGAUGAAUCAACUCCGCCUGUGUUUUGGCAUGCGAGUGCGAAUGUCGUUGAAACAGCAGCAGACUUAUCAGAGCCCUACACAUUUGAGGCGGCAUCGGUGCGCCUUCGCGGUGUGUUUCGUGCAGCCAAGCUGCCCAACGGACAACGCGCCAUUGGCACAAAGUGGGUGUUUGAGAUCAAGCGCAAGGCGGAUGGGUCAAUCGAGAAGUACAAGGCACGACUUGUGGCCAAGGGUUUCCGCCAAAAGUAUGGCAUCGACUACACGGAGACGUUUUCAUCCGUGGUCAAGUAUGUGACGCUGCGAAUGGAGAUUGCAAUUUCCAAUAACUUUGGAUGGCCCAUCGACCAGCUUGAUGUGGUGACAGCUUUCCUGUAUGGCGUCAUGAAGGAACAAGUGUUCUGCGUGAUUCCUGGAGGCGUUGAGCUUCAAGCGUCGCGAGUGUGGAACGAGACGUUCGACGAGUUUGUGUGCUCCAUUGGAAUUCAAGUAUCGGACUUCGACCCAUGUCUCGAGAUCAAGACUUCGGUCGGCCAUUGUGUAUUUGUACUGGUCUACGUGGACGACGUCUUGGUGACUGGAAGCUCGCUCGAGCUAAUUACACGAACCAAGAACGACCUGAAGACACGUUUCGAGAUGACUGAUAGCGGCAAGUGUGCAUUUGUUCUUGGAAUUGAGCUUUUGGACGGUGAAGAUGGCAGUGUGAAUAUGUGUCAGCGCCGUUAUGUAUGA